GAGGGCAAUUUUGUUCUUAUCUUGGUCAGCCAUAUGUGCCAGGAGGGAAACAACCUCAUUAUAAACACCUGAAAUUAAAUAAAAGGAUUCAGUUGGUUACCAUUGAUGGUACAAAUUGGUGCUGGCCUCUUUAAUUCACUAUCCAGUAAAGAUUCUGCAGGUGCCCAAACACUGUGAGGAGAAGAUGACCUGGGAAUCAUGUAAAUCCUCUUCCUUCCUUCUGAUGACCAGGAAGUGGAAUGAAGGGGAGCCCAAUAACCUGUUCCUGAGCAAAAAUAUACGUACAGACGUGAGUUCAAUCCACUGAGGUGCAGAUUCACAGCAGAGAUGUGUCCCAGAACCAAGCAGAUUGGGAGAAGAUCCGAGCAGAGGUUGCAGCACUGCAGAAAACAGUAGGUGAGAGAAUCACAGAGACGCUUCUGCCUCUCAUCAUAGUGAGAGUGAGGGACUGCGAGGUCACGGUUGUGGGCUCUGUAUCUACCUGAGGCUAUGGACUUGGAGGCUGUCCAUCUUUCGGUGUUUGGGGAGCUGACCGUUGUGAAGGAGCUUCACAGUAAAAUGCAAGAGGACAUCACAGCAUUACAGAAAAGAGUGGGCGUUCUUGGUGAAGAACCGCACAAAGUCCCGGGUAUACUGGCUGGGGCUGAGUGACAAGAAAGUGGAAAAUCAAUGGCUCUGGGUGGAUGGCUCCCCUCUCAAACUCAGAUCCCCCCUCUCACGAACCGGCAGCUGGUGAUUCCUACCCUGAUCAUCGUGGCCAUCAAACUGCUCCUGAUGACCCUGGUCCUCCUCUACCUCCUCGACCGUGUUCCCUGGUGCCAGUCGGGCUGGGACCAGGACCAAGGGAGGUGCUACCUUCUCUCCCAGGCUAACCAGACCUGGGAGGCAGCGAGAAACUCCUGCUUAGCCCAGAAUGCUGAUCUGGUGGUGAUCAACGACCAAAGGGAGCAGAAUUACUUGGCUAUUAAAGCUCGUUCCGUUCAGCACUGGAUCGGCUUCACCGACCAAGGGACUGAAGGCAUCUGGCGCUGGGUGGACAACACUUCUGCGGUAUUUACGAACUGGAAUGAAGGGGAGCCCAAUAACCUGUUCACGAGCAAAAAUGGUGAUGAGAACUGCGCCCACCUGUUGGACAACGGCCUGUGGAAUGAUGGACCCUGUAGUUUCGCUUACAGGUGGAUCUGUGAAAGAGCCGCCACUGUGUAAACAGCCCCCUCUCCCCUCGGCUCUGAACACAGGCUGAAAUUCAUCCCUCCGCCAGGAGGCCUGGGCACAGCUCAUGGCCUGUGCAUCAGCCCGUUGUGCUCUUGUGCUGACCUGUUGCCCAGGGUUGAAUCCUAGCUCUGCCUGAGGUAUCCUGGCUCCUCUGCCCAUUUGCUGCUCCCAGUGAAAACACCUUCCCCCUGCAUUUCCCGGUGCCUGGGUCGGGCCCCCUGUGACAUUCCCCUGGUGUUAUCUGGUUCAGUGAUCUGCUAGGUCAC